AUGCUAUUUCCCGGGUCGGUGACGGAUACAUCCGACUUCUUUGAUAUGGACCGAGAGCUGGCGCGUUUGCGCUACAAGCCAACCCGGGCCUCUCUCCAGGAGAGCCUGCGCAGCGCCAACCCUCCAGCGCCUUUGGGCCAGAAUAGGCAGAGCCUACCGGUUCGAACCCACGAGAUUGUUCGCCCAGUUGCGACGAAAUUUGCUGCUCGAUUGGACCAGGUGGCGGUUCCGGCCUGGAUCGCUCGGCUGGCCUUUAGUAUCACACUGUGUAUUUUCCAAAGUGCCAACGAAGCGGUGUUUUUGGAGAUGACGUCGGGCCGAAGAACCUCAGCUCCGAAACACAGCGCACGAUUGGACCUGCCCUCCUACCACAAAUUCGCACUUUUAGUCUUGGGGACGACGAUGCGCCCGGUCCCAGGGCCCAGUCCUUCCGCUCGUCGCGCGACAUUUCCCAUGCCUUGA